AUGGCGCCGGAAAGCGUGUCCGAAGACACUGGGGCAAACAGCUAUCAGGCGCUGGUCGAUGGUGAUUGCUUGUGGGUUUCCAUGAUUUGGGCCCACGAGGGCAACUUCACAGCCCUCGUGCUCUCGGGCGGAGGCGCCAAGGGCGCCUACGAGCUCGGCGUUUUGGAGGGCAUUUGUCGGAACGAUUCCCUGCACAAGUACAGGAAUUGGUCUAUGAUUGUUGGGACCAGCAUCGGAGCAUUGAAUGCCGGUGCGCUCGCGCAGUACCAGCCUGAGGAGCAGUGUACGAAGGCGAUACAAGCAGCCCAAGCAUUUUGGGACACGAUUAAGGCCCCUGAGGACGUUUGGGUUUCCUCGGAGUUGGCAGAUGUGGAUCCGGGCGAUACAAAGACAAGCCGCGAGCCCUGCCUUACCGGCAUCCGCGCCAUGUCAAUGGCCAUGGCCUUCUAUCGCCGGGGUGGGGUGUGCGACCCCAAGCCCGGCAGGAAAGCUUUCGAGUUCGCAGUCAAGAAAGAGCGCAUCAGACAGUCUGGAAUGAUGCUGCGUGUGGUCGCCACGUCGUUGGCGACUGGGCUGCCGAAAUGGUGGCAAGAGACCGAUGAGAGGAUCAUCGAGGGCUGCGAGGCCUCCGGUGCGAUUGCACCACUGAUUUUUCCUAAGGAGGUGGAUGGUGUGGGCUAUAUAGACGGCGGGUUCGUGGCGAACACGCCGAUCAUGAAGGCGCUGGAAGAGGGCGCCCAAACAGUCAUCGUGGUCGAGCUGAACCCGAUGUCGAGCAACACUCUCAUCCCGAGUCUUCAGAAGCUUUAUGCUGCAGAUGAAGAUGUCGGACUGCGGAUUCUAGAAUUUGAGGCGAGCCUCAUGCAGCAAAGGUACUUUCUGGAGCACGAGCUGCAGAUGGCCUGUCAGCGGUUUCCGGACCGAAAGAUCAUGGCCUUUCUACCUCGUUCUGAUGUAGGGGACUUCAUGACCUUCACGGAGGAGGCACUGCAAAAGAUGCGCCGCAAGGGGCUGUUUACCGUGGCGAAUCAAGAACUCGAGAAUCUCUGCGAGGUGUUCGCUGAGAACAGCCUUUUUGUCGUGGAGGAUUUUUCCAGCUCGGGCUCCAAUGCACAGUCUGGAGACGAGCCAGAAGGUGCAAGUAAUUCGCAUUUAUGGGCCCUUGCGGCCGUCCUGGGCUUUACCAGGAGUGCAUGGUUCUUAAUUUUUGGAACAGUCUCGAGCAUGUUUAUUAUCUGCCGAAGUUGGCAAAGCUGCCGGCGCAAGUUCGCGGAGACCCAGAUUUCAGAGGAUCCAUGGGAGCCCUACUAUGCCCUGGACGUCUGA